GUUUUCUUCCCGCCAUGGUAUCCCUGUGUCCAACAACCCUAUCAUCCCCUUUCCACCCCAAAACCCUAAAACUCAAUUCAUAUCCGCAAAACGCUAACCACAGACCAUAUAGUCUUCCCCCUCUCACCGCUGUCGCUUCGAGGUCUGGCUAUGAAACCGAAAGGGGUUUCGAUUUUGAAAUCGGAGACACCUUCUUCAGGCACGAAAGCGCUACCGGCCGGGAUCUCGGUGUUCUCGCUGCUGCUCUAUAUAAGAAAAAAAACGAUAACCUACGAGUUCUUGAUGCAAUGUGCGGUUGUGGAAUUCGAUCCCUGCGUUACUUAUCUGAAGCUAAAGCAGAUUUCGUGUUGGCCAACGACGCAAAUGAAGAUUGCAACGGUGUUAUAGUAUCAAAUUUAUCGACAGUUUCGAGUGAGGAGGAGGGGAGGUGGAAGGUGAGUCAUUCAGUUGCGAAUCGAGUUUUGGCUGAGAAAUAUGUGGAGAGGGAUUAUUUCGAUUUCAUUGAUGUUGAUUCGUUUGGGAGUGAUUCCAGUUUCUUCAGGUGUGCAUUUGAUGUUGUUAAGCUUGGUGGAUUGCUUUACGUUACAUCAACCGAUGGGUUCUCUUCCGGUGGCCAUCGUCCUAACCAUUCUUUAGCUGCUUAUGGAGCGUUUAUUCGGCCGCUGCCAUACUCAAAUGAAAUCGGGUUACGGAUGCUAAUAGGAGGUGCAGUGCGGGAGGCUUCUGUUUUGGGUUAUCAUGUGUCACCACUUUUCUCAUAUUAUUCAUAUCAUGGUCCUGUUUUCAGAGUAUUGCUACGUGUAAACCGAGGAAAGCAACCCCAUGGCAUGCAUUAUGGGUUUAUCUGCUACUGUGAUUCUUGUGGUAACUCUCAAGCGAUUUCGUGGGACAAACUUGGUCAGAUAAAGUGUCCUUGUGGAUCAGAUGUACCCGAUUCACUGGUUGUUUGUGGGCCACUUUGGACAGGGCCUCUUCACUGUGCAGAGUAUCUUGCAGAAAUGGUUAGUUUGGCAAGAGAAUGGGGAUGGUUGGGAGAUGACAUGAAAAACAAGGAUCUUGAUAAGCUAUUGAAUCGGUUGAUUGAUGAAAGUCAUCCCGAUUUAUCAUUUGGUUACAUCAAACUUGAUGAGAUAGCAAGUCGUGCCAAGGUCAAUUCUCCUCCUAUUGUGACAAUAAUGAAUGCCAUCCAUCAGGAGGGAUAUGGUGUUAGUAGAUCACACAUUUCCAAUAAUGCAAUCAAGACAAAUUGUCCCAUGUCAGAGUGUAUUAGGAUCGUGAAGGGACUCCAACUCCAACAGUCGUGAGCUUUUUAUUUAAAGAUAGACAACCUGAAUCUUGGUGGUUGUAGAGAAACAGACAUUGAUUGGGAAUGGUUACUGUGAUCAGAAUAUAAUAUAGAGUCGAUGUUGCUUUCUUUCUCAAUGGUCAAUAUGGUCAAUGGCGAUGGAUUGAACCCUAGGUAACCUAGGGUUUGGUGUUGUGGGUGCCAAUAGACAUUCACAACCUCAGGAAACAAACACAUUUUCAGCAAUUUGAAAGAAUUGAAAUAAGUUGUGUGUUAAGUUGGCAGGAA